AUUUUCUUAUGAAGGCUGAGGAGCUGCAAAAUCAAAUGGAGCAAGAUUAUGACAUUGGGUCUACGAUUCGAGACAAAAUUAUCCCUCAUGCUGUUUCAUGGUUUACUGGUGAGGCUAUUCAGGGCGAUGAACUUGAAAUAGAAGAUGAUGAUGAAGACGAGGAUAUUGGUGAUGAUGAUGAAGAUGAUGAAGAUGAGGAUGAGGAUGAGGAGGAAGAUGAGGAUGAAGACGAGGAGGAAGAAAGGAAGACCAAGAAGAAGUUGUCAUCUGGACAAAAGAAGGGUGAAAGAGCUCAAACGGCCCUUGGUCAGGGAAAUGAACGACCUGUCGAAUGCAAGCAGCAGUAGAUGUUCAAUUUCUGCAGCAGAUAUGCUUUCGGCUGAAAGUUGUCAUUGUAUUGCUCCAAUGUUGAUUACAGAACGCUGGGGGGGGGGG